AUGGGGAAGGGGACAUUGCCGUCACCGAUAGUGACAGGGAAGGGGAAAUGCCCUGUGAUGCAAAAGAAGAGGCCUCUUGCUCUGAGAGUGACGCAGAGGAAGUGCCAGACGCUGUGAUCCCUGCUGCUCCCAAGAAAAUCACUUCCAUUUCCUCUCCCCUGCGCGCCUUCGUCCGCCUGCGCCGGCGCUACCAGGGCCUGAAGAAAAGCCGGCUGCACUUGGAGCUGCCUCGGGAAAAGUCUGCAGAGUUUGUCCACACCAGGCUGCUCCAGAGGCAGCUGUCCCUGAGCAGAACUUCCCUGUACAACCCUUCCAUGGCCUUCUUUAAUCAGUCUGGCUUUGAGAGCUCCCAGUACUUCACCUUUGACACGUCUGUGGAACAUUACUCGGUGAAAAAGUGCAGGCGGAAAAAGAGCCGGAGGAAAUCCAGGAUGGUUCUCUACCCAGAUAAAACCAAAAAAUACCUCCCAGCAGAGGAGAAGAGCAAGGCAAAGCGCUGCCUCCUCUUGCUCAUUGCCAUUAUGUUCUUCCAGAUUCUCAAUGCAAUAGAGAACCUGGAUGAUAACCUCCAAAAAUACGACCUGGACGGUUUGGAGAAAACCAUGCACCGGGAAGUGUUUGGGCAGAAGGUCGCUGUGGAAAGUAUUGUGGAAUUACUGAAGGACUAUCUGGCCACCCAUGUCCACAACAAGCCUCUGGUGAUCUCUCUGAAUGGCCCCACGGGGGUUGGCAAGAGCCACGUUGGCUGGGUGCUGGCCAAGCACUUCCGCUCGGUCAUGGACAAUGACUUUGUGCUGCAGUACUUUGUGAUGCACCACUGCCCCAGCGGGGUGGCUCCCCUCACCUGUGCAAUAGAUCUGUCCAAGAAGAUUGCUGACAUGGUUACCAGAGCUGAAAUAGAGGAAAAGACCCCGCUGUUUAUUCUGGAUGAGGUGGAGCUCAUGUCCCCCGUCCUGCUGGACACUCUCAGCCGAUUCUUUGAACCCAAUCAAACCAACGAGUUCCUCAAUGCCAUCUACAUUUUAAUCAGCAACCUGGGAGGUGAUGAAAUCACAAAGUUCAUUACCCAGAAUGCAUCCACUGAGCUCCUGCACCAGCAAAGGGGAGCUGAAGAGCUGCUGAGCAUCAUCCAGCCAGUGCUGGCCAGGGUGCACCCUCUGUGGAAGGCUGCAGACAUCAUCCCCUUCAUCCUCCUGGAGAAGGCUCACGUCAUAAACUGCUUCCUGGAGCAGAUGAGGAGGGAGGGGCUCUAUCCCGACCAGAAACACAUUGAAAAUUUGGCAAAUCAGCUCAGUUACUACACUACAGGGGACAAGCAGUACUCCAGCAUGGGCUGCAAGCAGGUUGUGGCCAAAGUCAACCUCCUGUAGGGAUUUACUGCAGAGACCAAGCCCUGCUCUGCAGAGUUCUGUGCCCAUGAGGGGUGUGUCCCACCAGGCUGGGCUCAAGGUGUCCUUUCUCAGCCCUGGUCCACGGGCAGCCUGGACAAGCUGGUCCCUGUUCUCCAGCAGAAACUUCACUUUUUCCUGAUGUUCUGUGGAAAAGGAAGGGCAAAGAAGCUGGAGCGACCUCCCAGUCAGUGCAAGACUCUUUGUUCCUCAUCCUCAUUUGGGAUUCUUGUCAUUAAGGAGUUUUGAGGUGGCAUCAAAAGCUGCAGGACAUAAAUAGGGUGGAACAAUCCCUGGGUCACUGCCCCUGCAGAAUUUGUCACCUCAUGUGUCUCAGUCUCUCCAGGCUCACAGCUCCUUGCUUCCCUUGCUCCUGGCUGGGGUGUGCAGGGCAGGGGCAGGGCUGGAGCCCUGGCCUGGGACAGUUUGUGGCUCCUGCCCCCAGAUGUGCAGGCUGCCCUCCCCAGCUCCUACGUGACCACAUCCUCAGAACACUUCUUGGACCUGUUCCUGAGCUGUUGCUCUUCUGAGCUCAUCCCUGAGCUCACCUUUGGCACCUGCAGUGAGAUUUCUGCCCUGCAGGUGUGUUGGGGCUCGCCUCAAAGGCUGCUCAGCUGUGCCAGAUGGUGCAGAAAUAACUCUGGAUUGUUUCAGGUCUGCUGGUGACACCUCAUCCUCAGAGCUCUUCUGCUUUUUGCCUCUGGGGACACUGUGGGCAGGCGUUGUCUAGAAAGCCCAAAGCAGCAAUGGAUGGAUAUUGAGCAACACACACUGGAAAAGACAGUUUGGGCUGAUGGAGUGGGGAUCAGGGCUUGUUCCCAGUCCUGAGAGGCCAAGAAGAGGCUUUGCCAUUGAGCCCCAGGUGAGAUGUGGCCUGGGAGCAGCUUGGGAAGAGCACACAGCCAUGUAUUGAGCAAAACUGAGCAGGUAUUUAUGGCAUUGUUUUCUCAGGUUGUGGUUUUGUACAAGAUUUCUACAGCUUGCUGUGAAUUCCCAGACAAGAACCCCUGUGGAUGUUUGCACUGGGGUUUUGAUUCACCUCUCUGUAAUUGUUGGUCUCCAAAGACUCUGUCACAUACUCCAGCUUCCAGAGCUAUUGUCAGGAAUAAACCCAAACUAUCCUGAAUAAAAUAAUUGAAAAUACA